UUACAGAGUGGUGCGCGAAUCAACAUAUCAGAAGGGUCCUGCCCUGAACGAAUUGUAACAAUAACAGGACCAACAGAUGCCAUUUUUAAAGCAUUUUCAAUGAUUGCACUAAAAUUUGAAGAGGAUAUCAAUGCUUCCAUGACAAACAGCACAGUAACAAGCAAACCACCUGUAACUCUACGGCUAGUUGUGCCUGCAAGCCAGUGCGGAUCUCUUAUAGGAAAAGGGGGGUCUAAAAUUAAAGAAAUCAGAGAGUCUACAGGUGCUCAAGUUCAAGUAGCAGGGGACAUGCUGCCCAAUUCAACAGAACGUGCGGUUACUAUAUCAGGCACUCCUGAUGCAAUCAUCCAGUGUGUUAAACAAAUUUGUGUUGUUAUGUUAGAGUCCCCGCCAAAAGGUGCCACCAUUCCUUAUCGCCCAAAGCCUGCCUCUGGACCUAUUAUUUUUGCUGGAGGCCAGGCAUUUGCAAUUCAGGGGCAGUAUGCUAUUCCACAUCCAGACCAGUUGACCAAGCUUCACCAGUUGGCUAUGCAGCAUACCCCUUUUACUCCCCUUGGGCAGACCACCCCUGGUUUCCCUGGUACGUGCAUGCCACUGGUAAACUUUGCCCAUGACUUCUUGUUGCUUUUAAUCUUCAUAGGACUGGAUGCCACUUCUCCAACCAGUUCUCAUGAACUUACCAUUCCAAAUGAUCUAAUAGGCUGCAUUAUUGGGCGACAAGGUAGCAAGAUUAACGAAAUCAGGCAGAUGUCAGGAGCACAGAUCAAGAUCGCAAAUGCUUCAGAAGGCAAUGGUGAAAGGCAAGUUACAAUCACAGGAUCUCCAGCAAAUAUCAGCUUAGCACAGUACCUCAUUAAUGCCAGGUAA